AUGGCGACGCACACAUUCGCUUCGCCUCCCACCCGCUUCACCGUCGACAUCCCGCAGUCAGAAGUCGACGAACUUCACUUCCGACUCGACAAGAACCGCUGGCCAGCGGCAGAGAUCGUUCCGGAGGAUGGGACGGACGAUCCGACGGCGUUUGGUCUUGGAGCAGGACCGACGCUGCCACUCAUGAAGGAACUGGCGAAGGGUUGGCGCAAGUUCGACUGGAAGAAGGCGCAGGACGACCUCAACACCUUCGAGCACUACACUGUCGAAAUUGAGGAUCUCUCGAUCCACUUCCUCCACCACCGCUCGACUCGUCCGAAGGCUGUUCCCCUCAUCCUCUGCCACGGCUGGCCAGGCCACUUCGGCGAGUUCCUCAACGUCAUCCCGCUCUUGACGGAGCCGGCGGACCCGUCUGCACAGGCGUUCCACGUCGUCGUGCCCUCGAUGCCUGGUUAUGCCUGGUCUUCGCCUCCUCCGUCCUCCAAGUGGAGCAUGCCUGACACCGCGCGGGUCUUCGACAAGCUUAUGACCGGGCUUGGCUACGAGAAGUACAUGGCGCAGGGCGGAGACUGGGGCAGCAUCGCUGCUCGCUGCCUUGGCUCGCUUCACAAGGAUCACUGCAAAGCCGUCCACCUCAACUUCCUCCCCGUCUUCCCGCCCGUCCCGAUGUGGCUCAUCAACCCACACACGCUCCUCGCCUGGGCUCCGCGCUUCCUCGUGCCGGAGAAGCAGGCUGCGCGUAUGAAGCGCGGGUUGGCGUAUCUCGAGAAGGGCUCCGCCUACUACGUCAUGCAGCAGUUGACGCCUCGCACGCCCGCGUACGGUCUGACCGACAGUCCCGUCGGCUUGCUGGCCUGGAUUGGCGAGAAGUUCGAGCCGACCAUUCAGGAGGCGAGCAAGCAAGCCCAGCCGACCCUGACUCGUGACGAGCUCUACUUCACCUGCUCGCUGUACUGGUUCACCCGCUCAAUCGGCACCUCCUUCCUCCCCUACUCGCUCAACCCGCACUUCACCACCUUCCUGACCGACAGCAAGUACCACUUGCCCAACUUUGCCCUCUCGCUCUACCCGGGCGAGAUCUACUGCCCUGCAGAACGGGACGCUAAGCGAACUGGCAACCUCAAGUGGAUCAAGGAGGCUCCGGACGGAGGACACUUUGCUGCGCUCGAGAAGCCCGACGUGUUUGUCGACCAUCUCAGGGAGGCGUUCGGCGUGAUGUGGGAGAAGUGA